AUGGAGUCCAUUCGUGCUGCGCUGCUCGGCCGCGCGAGUGAGCCCAGGCAAGCCAACCACAGGGCCGUCAAGCAGCAGCUUCUGGCCAAAGGGCUCCCGGAGUCUAUCAGCAAGCCCCUCGCCAUGAACGAACUGUGCUUCUGGACUGAACAGGAGGUAGACCGAGUCCUGAACCGCAUCCACGCCACUCCCGAAGAGAUCAAGGACCCGAACCUGCCCAGCUUCUCCAUCAAGCUCUCAGCCGCCGAGCUCUCCGCGGCGGCCGGUCCCAGCGACUUCAUCAAGCCGUCGUGGGAACAAGUCAAGGAGUCGGCUGCCGUGCUCGGCGCCCUCUGCGUGAACAGCAAGGGCGAGUUCCGACUGAAUCCGCCCGCGGGAUAUGCCGCGUUGUCGCAUGUUUGGGCCCAGGGCCUCGGAUCCGAUGCCCGCAACCGGGGCCUCCACAGGAGCCUCGUCGAGCAGGUGUUCCAGAAGGCAGAGCCGUUGGGCGUCGCCUGGAUCUGGACGGAUAGUCUGGCAAUACCCGGCGGCGGUGAUGAGCUCGGCUUCGUCGAAGAGGAGGCAAAGGCAACGCUUAUCAAUGCCAUGGCGGACAUUUACAGGAAGGCAAAGCAGGUUAUUGUUUUCGACUCCCUCGUUCUGCGGCUCGGCUCCGUCGACGAGGUGGACGUGGCAAUUGCCUUGUCCUGUGGGAGGUGGAUGACCAGGGUUUGGACGUACCAGGAGAUCAAGCUAGCUACGAACGCCAUCGUGGCCACGCGAGACGGCUUCGUCAGCUUCGCAGCCAUCGUCGCCACCCUCCGAAGUAAGGCGCACCAAGAGGUUGGCGAAGGCUAUGACGCCCGUAAGACCGGGCGCUUCCCCAGUCUUUUCAGAACAUUCUACCGACUGCAGCGUCAUGACCACCUCGGCAUCUCCCUGCCGGAUAUCGCUAUCGGCUGCGGAUAUCGCGAAGCCAGCGUCGAACUGGACUACGCGCGGUCACUCUUCCCUACACUGGGACUGGAAUGGCGGUUUGGCGACAACACCGACAUGGCGAUGAAAAAGGUCUACGAGGCCCAGAAACGCCACGCUAUGCGGCUGGUCCUCUUUCACGGCCCGCCGCGGGCCCCCUAUCCCGGCUGGGCGCCUGCGGUCUUUUCCGGCUUGGUGGACAGUAUCGUUAUCAGCCCGGGCAUUUGGAAGCUUCGUGGGAUGGCCCGCGAAUGGCUGACAACCAAGGUCAGAAGCAUUGUGCCGAGCAAGCCCGGAUGUGUGAUCCUCGAGCUGGAGAACGGGCAGAGCCCCGGCGCCUACUGCGCCUGCAACAUCAGCGUCGCCACGCAGGAACGGAGCCCCCGGAGCGUCGAGCUUUUUGAGGAGGCAGUUCGAAGCAGCACUGCAUAUCUGCUCAGCGAUGAGCCGCUUACUCCUACGCAACCAUUUGCUCGCGUCGGUCUUCUAGUGGAGAGAUUCACCAAGCCGGCCGAUCAUCAUGAGGGCUGGGUGUGCCUGACGUUGGCCAUAGGCGAGACUGAGGAGUCGUACGAGGCCGUGAAGCAAGAGUGGCUUCUUCUCCACGAGAAUCCCGCCAGUGACAAGGGGAAGCAGACCUCCGAGCUCAACUACCUGCUGGAACGCAAGGCACAGCCCGCACCGUCGGGAUUCAGAGUCGAGAAUCCACUCCACGCGGCGGCGCAGAACGGCGACGUCAGCGCCAUCGCAGCCAUCGCAGCCGGGCCGGGAUAUGUGGACGUAAAUGCACAAGACUCCCGAGGAUGGACGGCAUUGCACUACGCUGCCGCCGGCGGCCACUCCUCGGCUCUUUGCGCCCUCGUCCAGCAUAGAGCAAACCUCGCCAUCCCGACAGCCGACGGCGAGACUCCUCUGGUACUCGCGGUAGUCAACGGUCACGUAGACGCCGUCUGCGAGCUGGUUGACGCCGGCGCUGACGUGAACUACUUCGACCCUGCAGGUCCUUCUCCCCUCGUAGCGGCAGUGAAGCAAGGACAGAUCGAGAUGGUCAAACUACUACUCGCUCUCAACGCCGAUGUAUCCCUCGCCGAUGGGUACCAGAUGACCCCGCUCAUUGCCGCGACCUUCGAGUUCAAGGGGGAUGAUGAUGAUACCGACGAUGGCGUCCUGGCAGAGCUUCUCGGCGCCGGAGCCGACGUCAACCUCCUCGCUCCUUCUUCGGGGCUCAGCGCGCUGGAGGUCGCGGUCAGACAGGGGAACAUUCGUGUCGCAACGAAGCUGAUGGACCACCACGGGGCGGAUCCCAACGGAAGGCCGCCGCUGCUAUCUCCACUUCAGUAUGCGAUCGACGAUCGCAACGUCGCCAUGGCGGAAGCGCUCCUGGACCGCGGAGCGCAGCUGGCGGGGCCCGGUGGGCGGUUCGAGCAUGGCUGGACUGCCGUAAUGUGUGCCGCUGCCACGGAUGAUGUUGCUAUGGGAAGGCUGUUGCUUCGUCGGGGUGCUGACUUGUAUGCCGUUGCUGGGGAGGAGAAGUGGACGGCGCUUCAUGUCGCGGCGGCGAAGGGGAAUAAGCUGUUCUUUAAGUGGGUGGUUAUGGAGAGCGAGGCUAGUGGGCAUAGGUGGGAGGAGGAGCUGGAUUGGGAGGGAAGGAGUGCGUUUCAGUUGCGGACGUGGGAGUGUUGA